UCCAGGAGGUUAGACCCUGAAAGCAUUAAAAAGGGGGAGGAUGCAUUGUGGCUUGAAGUCAUCAGUGUGUGUGAGUACCGGGAGAAGGCAGAAAAAGCCAAGCACAGAAGGGCUGAACAAGGAAUAUCUAGCAUGACGCUAGGGAACAUUAAUCUCUGCCCACCUCUCUUUUAUUCUGCGACAUCUCACUCUUUCUCUUCGUCCCUUCUUUAAGAGCAUUUGGCCAAGCCUCUGCGGCUGCAGUCGGAGUGAUCUCAUCUCUUGAGUGCACCAGGACGGAAUUCAAAUUGUGAAUAUGCAAGAGUGAGUAAGGACUUUGAUGGGAACUCCGGCCAAAGAGAGAGAGAGAGAGACGAGAUAAGAGAGCUAUCAGAGCUGUAACUCAGUGUGGAUCUGAGGGAGACAGGAGAGUGGUGAGCCCAAGCGGUAAGAUGAGUCUAAACAAGUCUCUGACCGGCAGUGGACAGGACUUGACCAGCAGCGGCAACCGAGCCCAAUGGGAAGACGCAAGGACGGUGUUGAAGCCCUCCACUCCCACCAGAAAACCUAAACCACCCAAGCCGGAGAAUGCCAUCACCAUCGGCGUGUCUGCACGAGUCCUCUUCAACAUGGAGAAGGAGCAGCACAUCUACGAGCAGCAAGGCAUGGAGGAGUACAUCAAGUAUCAGGUGGAGCAUGAAAUGCUGCCCUUCAGCCCCGGACCCGCCUUCUCUUUCGUGAAGGCUCUGGAGGCUGUGAACACGCGACUGAGGGAGCUUUACCCCGAGAGCGAGGAGCUCUUUGAUGUUGUGCUCAUGACCAACAACCACGCAUACGUCGGCCUAAGACUCAUCAAUACCAUCAAUCAUCACCAGUUGUUCAUUGAGCGCUUCUGUAUGACAGGGGGGAACAGUCCCAUAGGCUACUUGAAGGCCUACCACACUAACCUUUACCUGUCAGCUGAUCCAGUCAAGGUUCGGCAAGCUCUGGAAGAAGGAAUAGCAGCAGCCACUAUGUUCACCCCAGAGAAGAUGGCGGAAGUGUCGGAAACUCAGCUGCGUGUCGCCUUUGAUGGCGAUGCCGUCCUCUUUUCUGAUGAGUCUGAGCGCAUUUACAAGGCCCAUGGACUGGACAAGUUCUUUGAGCACGAGAAGGCACACGAGAACAAGCUUCUGGACCAUGGGCCGUUGAAAGGUUUCCUGGAGUCUUUAGGAAAGCUACAGAAGAAAUUUUAUGGCAAAGGCCAGCGCAUGGACUGCCCAAUCCGGACCUACUUGGUGACAGCUCGCAGCGCAGCCAGCUCUGGUACCAGAGCCCUAAAAACUCUGCGCUCAUGGGGUCUGGAGAUCGACGAGGCUCUCUUUCUGGCAGGGGCACCAAAGGGCCCCAUGCUUGAGAAGAUCAGGCCGCACAUCUUCUUUGACGACCAGAUGUUUCACGUUGAGGGGGCAGCAGAAAUGGGGACAGUAGCGUGCCACGUGCCCUAUGGGAUAGCUCAGAGAGUUACCAAGAGAGAAAUUAAUGACAAAGAGACUUCUUCAGCACCCAAGUACCCUGGACAUCAAUGUUCAAAGGCAGAGGAGCCCCUUAGCAACUAAGAAUGUUAUAACUGUGUUUAAAACCAUGAGAAACGGUCCUGGAAAUG